GGAGUCCCGUAUGUUUUAAAAUCGAGAUUGUUCCAUAUACUGGUUGUUUCAUGGUUUGCGAGUUUAUCAACGUUUGUUUUAUUUACCAAAAUUGUCUGAUCUUCAUCCUGGACAGAUAAACCUGGCAGAAAUAGAAACAAGCUGUGGAAACAUAAGGUCCGUUAUGUCCGGUGAAGGCUUAAUUUCGGUGGAUUAUGAAAUUUUUGGCAAGGUGCAAGGAGUAUUUUUUCGAAAAUACACACAAGCUGAAGGGACAAAGCUUGGUGUAGUUGGAUGGGUCCAAAACACAGAAGCAGGAACCGUGAAGGGGCAGCUACAAGGUCCAUCCAGCAAGGUGGAAAAAAUGCAAGAGUGGUUGAAAGUUACAGGGAGCCCCAAGUCCUGCAUCAACAAGGCCGAGUUCAAGAACAAGAAAACUAUUGAGAGCCUAGAGUACUCCUCUUUCAGUAUAAUCAAAUGAAAUCAGCUAUUCAUUGUCUGUAAUAUUAAUAUUUAUGCUAUUAACUAUUUUAACUGGUUAUAUUUAAAGCACUAAAGUAAAAAUGUAUGCAUUGCAUGAACUGAA